GAGGUAAUAGUUACGGACAAAUGCAGGCUCGCAGCAAUAACGCUGCAGCCUGAUUUAGCAUUCUUAGUGCAGGCAGUAUCCAAACAGAUGGCAACCUGCAUUACUAUUCAGUCUUGUGUUGUGUCAACAGACGCAGAUGCAGAUGAUUGGACAAGCAAUCUCAUGUUAGGUAGGUACCUACUGUACGGAGUAGGGAUAAUGGAUACCAAGUCGAGCCGAUCUUGGGACUGUCCACUGGCCUCCAGGGCUGUCUUCCUUCUUUCUUCUUCUUUGUUUUUUUUUUUUUCUGUAGCUCAGAAAAUCUACGAAUCUAUAAAGCUGCCCUGCCCUGCCCUGCCUGACUGA